AAGUCUUACCUUCUCCCCGACUCUCAGCACUCCAGCAUUGCUGCGCAAGCAGAUGUUCCCCUCGCUCAGCGCAAUUAUUACCAUUUUUUUUUUUCUCUCCUCCGCAUCUCGGCCCACAGUGCUCUCAUCUACGCCCGACGAGAAAAAGUGCGUCCCUCGGCUCGCCGGAGGUGGAGUUCGCGGCUGUUAUGUGUAUUUCUUGUGAGGAAUAACAGCAUCGUUUUUUUAAAUUUUUUUUAAAGGGGUGGGGGGGCAACACAACUCUGGUUUCCGCGGGUGCGGGAAGGCACCACCGGCUGUACCACACCUGUGAGUCGUUGUUGUGAGCAGCCAGGAUGGAUGCCGAGCGGCGUGGGGACAUGUGCUGAAGGAGCACACUUUGACGUCGUCUUUAAGUGCUUAAUUCUCUCCACACACUCCGGAACUUAGAAGCUGACCGUUUCUUCUAUCCUCCUUUAAACUUGAUUUAAAUUAAAAAAGGACGAAUAUGCCGUUACUUGUGGUUCCCUUUGUCCGCCGUCGACUCGGCGAGACCCUUCUCGUGCUUUGGCUCAGCUUCACCGGCGUCACCUGCACCGGUUCUGAGCACGCCGCUACAGCGACGCUUCCUGCCUUCUCCGACCUGUUGCCCCACUUCCUGGUGGAACCCGUGGACGAGUACAUCGUGAAAAACAAGCCGGUGACGCUCGCCUGCCGCUCCACGCCGGCGACGCAGAUCUACUUCAAGUGCAACGGGGAGUGGGUUCACCAGGAUGACCACUUGAUUGAGCGGACCGUGGACCCGGCUACAGCUUUGCCAGUCAUGCAGGUGACAAUAGAAAUCACCAGACAGCAGGUGGAGAAAGUCUUCGGCCUCGAUGAGUACUGGUGUCAAUGUGUCGCUUGGAGCACCACCGGAACCCAGAAAAGCCAAAAAGCGUACAUCAGGAUUGCUUACCUGAGGAAGAACUUUGAAGAGGAGCCCCAGGCUAAAGAAGUGGCAUUGGAUCAGGAGGUGCUACUGCGAUGCCACCCCCCUGAGGGAGUGCCACCAGCCGAGGUGGAGUGGCAGAGGAACGAGGACGUCAUCGACCCGCAGACCGACCCCAAUUUUUUCAUCACCGCCGACCAUAAUCUCGUCAUCAAGAAGGCGCGGCUGGCCGACACGGGCAACUACACUUGUGUGGCCAAGAAUAUUGUCGCACGCCGCAAAAGCAACUCUGCCACGGUCCUAAUCUACGUCAACGGCGGCUGGUCCACGUGGACCACCUGGUCGUCCUGCAGCGCCGUGUGCGGGCGAGGCUGGCAGAAGAGGAGUCGGAGCUGCACCAACCCCACGCCAUUGAACGGAGGCACGUCCUGCGAGGGGCAAAACGUCCAGAAAAGUGCCUGCGUGGCCACCUGUCCAGUUGAUGGAGGUUGGAGCGAAUGGAGCAAGUGGUCAGCGUGCGGCGCCGACUGUUCGAUGUGGAGGAGCAGGGAGUGCACCCAGCCGUCACCUGGCACCGGAGGCAAAGACUGCCAGGGCCUCGACCUUCAGUCUCUUAACUGCACCAGCGAGCAGUGCCCUCAGACCGUGAGCGGAGCGGAGGAUGUGGCGCUCUACGUGGGCAUGGUGGCGGUGGCUCUGUGCCUGACCUUACUGCUCAUCACCGUGGUCCUGGUCUACCGGCGCAAGAAGGCAGGACUGGAUGCCGACGUGGCCGACUCCUCCAUUCUCACUACUGGCUUCCAGCCCAUGGGCAUCAAGCCCAGCAAGCCAGGUGUGUGGGCGCCGCGGCCACGCAGGCCCCUCACCCACAGCAAGAAUUCUCAUUUGCUUACCAUCCAGCCCGAUCUAACGACCACCACCACCAGUUAUCAAGGCACUCUGCGCUCUCGCCAUGACACCACUGGCAAGUUUUCAAUGACCAACGGGCCUUUGCUGGACCCGCUUCCUAAGGGGUCGCACACUCUCCACAACGGGAAGCUCACUUCGAACCCCACAGACUUUGUGAGCCGACUAUCCACUCAGAGCUACUUUAAAACACUGCCUCGUGAUGUGGCCAACACCUCCUACGGCACCUUUAACUUCCUGGGGGGGAGGCUGACCGUCCCAAACGCAGGAAUCAGUCUGCUCAUUCCUCCAGAAGCCAUCCCCCGAGGCAAGAUCUAUGAGAUUUACCUCACCGUGCAGAAAAAGGAGGAUUUAAGGUUACCCUUGGCCGGCUGCCAGACCCUGCUCAGCCCUGUCGUGAGUUGUGGGCCUCAAGGGGUGGUCCUGAGUCGUCCCGUUAUCCUGAGCAUGGACCACUGCUCCGACGCAUGCCUCGAUAACUGGGCCGUCCGCCUCAAGAAGCAGAACUAUGAAGGAGCCUGGGAGGACGUCCUGCUGAUGGGGGAGGAGCUGGCGUCAGAUCCCUAUUACUGCCAGCUGGAGGCUGAGACGUGUCAGCUGUUUUCCGAGCAGCUGGGCACCUUUGCCCUGGUAGGAGAGUCGCUGCACAUGGGCGCUGCCAAGCGUCUGAGACUGGUGCUCUUCUCCGACGCCUACUGCUCCACGCUGGAGUACAACAUCAGGGUCUACUGCAUGGACGACACACAGGACGUCUUCAAGGAGGUGAUGCAGAUGGAGAGGCAGCUCGGGGGUCGGCUGAUUGACGAGCCUCACGUGCUGCUCUUCAAAGACAGCUACCACAACCUGCGCCUGUCCAUCCACGACAUGCCCCAAGCCCACUGGAGGAGCAAGCUGCUAGCCGGCUACCAGGAGAUCCCGUUCUACCACAUCUGGAACGGUUCCCAGCGGUACUUGCACUGCACGUUCACGCUGGAGCGCCUCAGCCUCAGCACCUGUGAGCUCACCUGCCAGCUGUGCGUGUGGCAGGUGGAGGGCGAAGGACAGAGCUUCACCCUCGACUUCAACAUCGCCAAGGACACCCGAGCGGUGGACUCUGAGUUCCUGUUAAUGGACAGUAACGCCACCGCUCUAGCAGGGCCCAGCGCCUUCCAGAUCCCGUACCUCAUAAGGCAGAAGAUCUGCAGCAGCCUGGACGCCCCGUGUCCCAACGGAGCUGACUGGAGAAUGCUCGCACAAAGGCUCAAGUUGGAGAGACACAUGAGUUUCUUUGCGUCGAAAGCCAGCCCCACCUCAGCCAUCCUGGACCUGUGGGAGGCGCUACAUUUCCACAGCGGCAACAUCAACCAGCUGGCGGCCGUCAUGGCCGACAUCGGCAAACAGGAGGCCAUGAUCUUCCUGGUGUCGGAUGGCGAGUGCUAACAGGCCGAGAGGGAGCCGGGAGGAGAGGGAAUGGACCGUGUGAGCUCAGUCUGAUAGAAAGUAACACAAUCAUUUCCCAUGCGAGUCGGUUGAACAUUUCCACGUGCGUACUAAUGUCACGCCUUAUGUAGUACUUAGGGAAGGAGCUUGGAGUCAUCCUCAAUCAGCAAGCGGUCCUUUAAUUCAAUUGAAAGAUGAAAAGCUUCAUAAGGACACACCACUCUCCACUCAAUGUCAGGUCUGCGUGCUUUAGAACCCGAAUGUACCGUCACAGCUCCUAAAUCCACCUUUGUUCUUCUGUCGUCUCCUACUUUCACUUUCAUUGUGCAGAACGCACUCAUCCAUUAAGAGAGGAUCCGCGGGUUCAAUCCCCAGUCCAGCCAUGGUUUGUUACGUCGUCUCCUCCUCAGGGUAGCAUGUGACGUCUCUAAAGUUGACCGGAGAGCCCUCCUCGUUAAAGACGCACUCGGUCAAGCAGCUGGCCGACGCUCCACAAACACACACACCCCCACCCCCCCUGACGGAUACACCGCAGCUUCUUUUAUGAUUGUCCCGAUUUUUGGAAUGUACUUUUAUGUUUCCAUGUGAGGAUGAUUCGUUUUUAACGCGGGCAUCUUAACUCUCUGUUAGGGACCGGGUAUUAGGGCCACCCUCAAAGCGGAGUCCCAUUAUUGGGGGGUCAAAGACACAAUUCUAUGGGAAUAAAAUUGUAACAUAUUGUAAUAUUAUUGUAUGUAAUACCACACUUUUUUAAUAUAUGAUGACUUUUGGCUUAAAGUAGUUUUUAAACUUGUUUUUUUAAUUGUGAUUCCAUUAUCGCUCCCCCAAAGAAAUGUUGUCCCCUCGAAAAAAAAAUAUUUGUUUUAAAUUUUUAUGCUUUUGGUCCUUUUUUUAUUCUUAAUUUAACACAUUUAUUUGAUAUACUUGACGUCAUAACUUUUACAAUUUGUAAAAUGACACAAUUUUCCCGAAAAAUUCUGACAUUAUGUUGCAAUUUUAUUCUCUUUUACUGUUUUUUUAACUCAUAAAAAAAUUAUUUUUCAAAUAUAGGCUUUAAGAUUAAUACUUUAUUCUCACAAAGUAUUCUCUAAUUUGACUUACCGUAUAUAACGGAGUAUAAAUCGCUUAUUCUAAAUUACAAUUAAAAAAAAUUUGGCUGGGG